AUGCCUCUUGCCACCGAAUAUCAUGUGCUUUCGGAAGAUGUUGGAACCACAAAACCUGAACGAAGCGACGCACCGGCAGAUCGACAGGUUCUUGGGGGGUACCAGUUUGCAAUCUCUCCAGUACCUCGCGAGGAUGAGCUCGGAAGGCCGCGUCCUAUCAAACGGCCCUUAUUUUCUGAUCUCACAACAAACGACAACCUCAGACGGCUUGGGGGGCUGCCGAUCCUCUUCGUCUCAGGCCGCGACAACGCCGUCUUCUCGCCCGAAGCAACUCUCCGCUCGUACGAGACCCUGUGCGAUCAGUUCGGCGAUAAGGACUACCGCCGCCGCGUCAUUCCCGGGUAUGGGCAUCUGGACUGCUGGAUCGGUCGCAAUGCGUGGAAGGACGUCUAUCCUGUUGUGCGCAGGGAAGUUGACCGGGUCUGCCGCGGCGAGGACUACGUUUUCAAGGAGCCUGACGAUCUCUUCAAGGCUGCGGAGCGGAGCGGGCAGAGAUCGCCGGACUGA